UCCUUGCUGAUCUCCUUCUGUGAGAUUUACAAUGUGGGUUCUGUAUCAUGCAUCUGUCUGUGUUGCUGUGCAAGAGCUCCAUAUCUGGCAUAUGCCAGAUGAAGCUUUUGAGGUGAACAUUGGUCAGCGGUAAAGUUUAGAUAACGGCAGUCACGAUGGAAGACUCUGUAGCAGACGGCAAUUUACAUCCCUGGAAAGUUGCCACAAUGAAGAGGAAGGCCUGGGCAAUGAGCCGAGCCUCCUGGCAGGACUCGGAGUCAGUAGAUGUUUCUGCAGAGGUAGAGCAGUCCCCGGAGCCCAUGGAAGAAAAACUUCCUCUUGCAGAAGAGCCAGGGAGAAUACCUAAUGAGAAAAUUGCCAUUUGGCUGAAGGACUGCAGGACACCCCUGGGGGCCUCUCUAGAUGAACAGAACAAUGUGCCAUUGAAGGGAGUAAUAAAAAAUGGAUGUAGCUUUGAAGAUGACCUUUCACUGGGAGCAGAAGCCAAUCAUCUUCAUCCCAGCAGUAGUAAAGGAGAGACACCAUGCUUUGGAAUGCUGGCCAAAGACAAAAGGACUCAAUUUCAUCAGAAAGGCAGAAGUAUGAACUCCACUGGCUCUGGGAAAAGUAGUACCACAUAUUCCAGUGUUUCAGAAUUAUUGGACCUUUAUGAAGAGGAUCCAGAGGAAAUCCUUUAUAACCUGGGGUUUGGGACUGAUGAGCCAGACAUCGCUUCAAAAAUCCCAUCCAGGUUCUUUAACUCCACCUCUUCUGCGAAAGGCAUAGACAUCAAAGUGUAUUUGGGAGCUCAACUUCAACGGAUGGAGUUGGAGAAUCCAAACUAUGCCUUGACAAGUCGCUUUCGUCAGAUUGAGGUGCUCACUACUGUCGCCAACGCCUUUUCUUCACUUUAUUCACAAGUGUCAGGACAGCCGGUUCAGGAGAUUGGGACAACAGAAAGUGAAACCAGAGAGACGCCUCUUUUAAAAAGAAGAAGCUCAGCCUUGAAUGCUGCUAAAAUAUUAAAAAAGAACAUCAGCAAACAUAAUUUGCAUGGAUCUCCUGAUAGUAAUUCCUCACCUUUGCCUCUAGCCACAGAUAAAGAAAACCCUGCAGUUUCAACCACAGAGGAUCAGUCAGGAGAUCCUGAACAGAAGAAUGAACAAAAGUUACAAAAACUGUUUAGGAAAAAAGAUUCUCCUUCCUUAGCUACAGUAACAGAAGAGGGACUCAGUUGUCUUUUGGACUCCUCAUCAAAUGGAAAUACAGUACUAAAUGGUGACUCGCCAAUUGAGGUUAAUGGAAAUGGUGUUUCUGAAGAAUCUGGGUUCAUCGAACCUUCUGUUUUGAGAAAACAUUUGUCUAUGUCUGCCAGUGGUGAUCUGGAGAGCAGUGAUGAGCAGAAAGAAACCGUAACUUCUACUCCAGAUAAGGAGCCUUCAGCAUAUCUGCAAAAUCCCCGUUUUGCUCAUUUAUUGUUACCUCAAAAGGAUUCAUUUGAAAUGGAAGAGGUGCAAAGUAACGAAGGGGAAACUAUACCUGGGACUCGCCUGGCUUCAAGAGGUGGCAAUGAACAGUUAUUAAGAACUGCAAGUCAGCACUCCGAUAGCAGUGGUUUUGCCGAAGAUCCUUCAGCAGAUGGUUCCACUAAUUACCUGAAGUUUCAGGAGAGCUCCGAUAGCUGCGACAGUGAGACAACGGUGACAUCCACUGCAGGCGAGUUGGCCACCCCUCUGGCUCGGGAGCAGUCAGUCUUUCAGGAAAUGCUGGGAAAAGAGGCCUUUUUACCGCAGUCCACCAUAGAUGGUUCCAAUGCACUUGAAACAGAAGCAGAUGAGGCUGCCAGUGAAGAGGUAGUCCCUGUAUUCUCUGUCCACCAGAUUCCAAAACCUAUGGAGCGUGGGACUUCUGAAACGGAUGAGCCUCACUCAACUACAGACCCCGAAGAACCACCAUGUGUGCUUUCCGCUUCUGAAAAAGUGUGGGAUGCCCUUCACCGAGCCCAGCAGAAAGCUUGUCCUGUGUCUAAUGAGAGUCGCAUGAGGUCUCCCUCUGUUCGAGUGAAAUCCAGAGACCUGUUAUGGGAAAAAGACAGAUACCCUUUAAGGAGAGCCAGCUCCCUGCCCUCUUCUCUUCUCAGCCCCACACGUGUGGUGUCUUCUGUAAAAAUCAACUUGCAUCCUGGCAGCCGAGCCCGCUGCACUCCCCCCUCUUUCACCUACCGGUACACCCCAGAAGAGCAGGAGGAACCCCUAGCAGAGGAAGAGGAACAGCCCCAAUGCAAGUCUACGCUCAUUAUAAACACGCCUCCUGUGAAAACGGAGCAGACUGUUUUCCCCAGGGACAUAGAGGAGGAAGUGCACAGCAAAAUUCCCCCCUAUCCUUUGCAGAUGCCACAACACAUGACUCAGUCAAUGUGUUCACUGCACAGCACUCCUUCAGACUGGCACAGCAGGCCCCUUUGUGAGCACAUGAGGUCAUGGAGCACGUGUAGUGUUCCUAAUGUCCCCCCCUAUAGCACAUGUGGAUCCUCUUACUCAUUUUCUUCUUGCCCUUAUCCUCCAUCCUCUUGCCCGUAUCCACGUCACAGUCGUCCUCCUUCAACAACAGAGAUGCAACUGAGAAGAGUCUUGCACGACAUUAGGAACACUGUGCAGAACCUGUCCCAGUAUUCUACCCUGAGGGGUGAAGACCUUUCUACUACAUCGAUGUUCAAUUCGCAAAGAUCCAUUUUACCACUUUAUGAGAAUACAUUUCAAGAGCUGCAGGUCAUGAGGAAGAGCCUUAGUGUCUUUCGGAAUCAGAUGAUGGAUUUGGAGCUGUCAAUGAUGAGACAACAGUCUAUGGUAUACCAACAUCUGACAGACGAAGAGAGACAGGAAGCUCAGCAGUUGCAACACCUGCGCAAUGCAGUGCGGCAGGAGCUGCAGGAGCUGGAGCUGCAGCUGGAGGAUCGGCUGCUGUCUCUGGAGGAUCAGCUUCAUGCCUCACACCACACCAACCUUUAUCACCCUCCCAUGGGCCUCCAUGGAACUCAUAGUAUGGACAGUCUGUCUUGCAACUCUCCAAUGAAUGUGAUGGAACCAGUCAACGAGCUUCUCAGAGAGCAGCUGUAUUUGAAGUCUGAGCUGAGAUACGAGGAGCCCGGGGGAGACGAUGGGAGCAGUGCUGCUCCUUCUGUGGUUUCAGAACACUCUUCUGGGUCAGCAAGUCCCAUCAGAACGCAACGGAACCUGGGCACGAAUCGGAGACCGCAGACACCGGAACUGUCCUCGUUACAGAGAGAAGGCCGUUACCGAGCUUCGGUGGUCCUCACUCCCUCUCCUCCCAUGAGGCCCGUAGUGAAGAAGAGUCUCCAGGCGGAACAAGAAGAGGACUCCAAGAGUGUGGAAGAAUGCCUGGGAGACGACCUAUCGUUGCCAUCAACUUUGUCAGAGGAAGGCGGUAGAAGAGUAGGAACAACCAGUCCCCAGAUGAAACAACUUAUAAAGGAGAUCAAGGACAGUAUAGCUGACGAAAUAAGGCAGGAGAUCGUGAAUGAGCUCCUUGCUGCUGUCUCUCCCAGAAGAUCUCCAGCUAUGAAGAGAGAACACACAUGAGCAUGUUUAACAAAAGAAACGCUGUGGACAAAUAUCACUUCAAACACUGGUUAUAACAUGCACUGAUAACAACCAGACUGCUAAUUUUUUUCAAUCAUGUAUUUAGAAGAUAAAAAUAUAUAUAUGACUUUUCCUCUAUGUAUCCUACACAAAGCUUCAGGAGACACUAAUGCUGCUGUUAUGAGCUACUGUUAACUCCUUUGUUCAAAUGUGUAUGAGCUUUUGGUCAGCUAAAGUCAAGUUCUAAGGGCUGUUAUUUUUAUUUUUUCUGUGCUGUAUUUAAGUAAGUGUUGUUGGUUCGAGUGUAUGUGUAAUUGGAAAAGGUGAUAAAACUUGAAAUGGCUGUUUGCCUGGUUAGUGAAAAUGUACCUUAAGAAAGUGUCUACUGUAAAUCUGCAUGCAUUUAUUUCAGUCUGAUGCCUUACUAAUGUGACCUCUAUGAGGAGCUAGCUGUGCAAUACCUUUAACUCUGGACUUGAACUGAGCAACUACUGUUUUCACUUUUGUCACUUUGAAUUACCUGUGUUGUAUUGCAAUCACUAAAUGCCUUUUGUCCGAGUUGUCUCAAAUAAUUAAUUUGUUAAAGAAAUGUUAUCAUGAAAAAUGUAUAUUUUCCAGACCUGAAGCCAGCAUGGCAAUAACAUUUAUUAAAAAUAGUUUUAUAUAAGAGAGAUGUAAAUAGUUUCGCUUUUCUUGAGUUAUUCAGGAAACUUUUCUAGGACGUCAUUUUAUACCAGAGGGUUUAAUCUAGUUGGUUUGCCUGAGACUGAGGAGUAUUCAUAACAAUAAACUUUAUCGCGUGCACAGCAAGAAUGUUUUCUUUUUACAUUGUGUUCUCUAUAUGUUAAAGCCAGCUUAGUCAUAUUAAAAAAAUAUACUUUGCAGUCUUAUUAACAAGAGUAAUACUUUAUUAGUCAAUCAAUAGAAAUCAAAGAAAAUUGGAAAUUAUCAACAGAACUGGUAAAGUGUUGUGGUUUCAAGCCCUGAUGUCUCUAUAUACUGUAUCAAAAAACAGGGGUGAUUUUUGUUCUUUUAAAAUAAAAUAUUCUUUGUAAUAGAUACUAACAAAUUUAUGGCAAGUGUUAUCUGUAUUUGUAAAUGGACAGAAAUUUAAAGGGACUUUCUUACCUUUGUCAUGUGGGAUGUAUAAGGGGAGAUUUAUAAAGUAAAAAAAUAAAGAUUUAUUUAUUUUGAUUACA